CUAUCUUGGAACAACACACCAAAUUAAUCAGUUUCGUGGAUCUGAUUUUGUCGAUCUGGUUCAUGACAUGAUGAUGAAACCGUAAAAAACGUUUUUAUUCAAUUGAAAAAAAAUUAUCACAAAAAUAUAUCAUGCAUCAGCUAAACUUUGAAGCAAUUAGCAAAGCUCAAGUUCUACUGAAAAAUGAAAGUCUCUCAUCAAUCUACCAUGAGAAUGAAAAUAAUUCCGACGGAUCCCUUAACAAUCUGCUGAGUAGCAAUGUUGACUUAUUUUGGAGUGUUAUGCAUCAAUGCUUCCAUCUAACUGAUAUUAUCCACUAUCAAUCCACACAUUUCAAUCAUUCAUCACUACCAAUAAUAAUUGGUAGUGAUGAAAGCGUGGAUGGAGAGUACACCGGAGUGGAACUACAAUCCCUGUACAAUUGGUGUAAUCUAGGCAAAUCAACCUGGUUUAUAAAUAUCUUCACUAUUAUGCAUAAUAAUUCAUGGCAAGCCAACUUCUCAACUAAUCUACAACAGUAUUUAUUGCCUAUCCUCUUGCUGGUCAAUUGUUUCAGUUUAAUUACCUCAAUAUCUGGAGUUUAUCAACUCUAUAGCCUGUCGAGUAAAUCAAAUCAAAAAGUGAUGAUCUUAAUGCAACACCAAUCGAUUGUACGAUGUUAUCUCCCGGCAACAUGGCCGCUUAUUUUAUCCUAUUGUAUAUUUGGUUUAUUAUGGUUAAUAUUAGUACUCGGUUUGAAUAUGAUAACAAGUCAAUUCUCCAGUACAGCUAUCAGCUUGCACAGUCAUGAUUUCUAUUGUCGAACAGUUACUUAUAUGACAAAUAUUUUAAGAUAUAUACCAACCUGGUUAAUUGGAUUAAUGCUGUGUGAUCGAGCUAUCGGCGAAUAUCGUAAUCGACAUUACGUGUAUGAAAGACAAAUAAAUCGUCAGCGUGUGAUGGGUCGGCGAAUUCCUGAUGCUGUCAGUGAAGAUGAUGAUGAUGAUGUUGAUCUGGACGACGAUCUAGACAAUUGCAACAGUGAUGCGAGGGUACAGAAAAGUAGGAGUACAGAAGACAGAUUAAUGUUACCUAAUAUUAAAUACAACAAUACAAGUGAUACACUCUCUUACACGGAAUCAAACUGUCAACUGCAAUUAGACAGUCAGGCUAAUUGUCAUUCUGGUUGUAGUAACAUGCAAAAACUACACAGUCAGAAGACAUCUAACUUCUUAUUAUGCAGAAACUUUUUUCGUUGUUGCUGCUGUGGUAACAGUGAAGAUCAUAUUCGAUGUGUAUUUCAUGGAAUUAAACGAACCUCAUAUGAUGCGAACAACAUAUAUAACAGUGAUGCUAGUGUACACAAGUAUUCAUCAAAAUGUGAUCAGAAAGCUACACUUAGUUCACAAUCACAUAGUUAUGAACAGUUGUUAAAGGAUGUAUGCAAUUGGAAAGAGUGUGGAUUAGGUCGUGUCGGGGGAUUAGUUCUACUCAGUAUUCUUACAGCGUUAAUCUGUUUGAUUAAUACUCAUCUGUUAUGGCUGUAUAAAAUUGGAAAAUCCAGUAAACGUUGUAUGCUGUCAGCUGGUGAUGCUAUCAUCUUGUCAUAUUUUUAUCCGUAUUUGUUAAAAAUAUGUCAUUCAAUUCUACCUCAUAUGUUGAUAUUCAUUUCUUAUGCGCUUCUGGGCUAUACAGCAUUGAGAAAAAGUCGUAUUCUCAAGACAACUAUGACAAAUAUGCAACAGCCAAGAGUGCUCAGAAUACAAUCUACGCUUACUUCACGAGAAGUAGACCAAACCACAUCGACCCCAACAACAGCAACAACAACAACAACAACAACUCGAAGGACACCCAUUAAACCUCCUAGGAAAAAACCUUCUCAUUCAUUGUUCACAGAACCAACACAAUUAGUUAUAUACUUGGGAAUUAUAAAUUUUGCUUUUGAAUUUGCAGAAAUUAUAGAAUGGUUUUACAUGGAAUAUAUAAUGAGUAAUAUUUUUCAACCGAUCACAAACCAUUACGAGCAAAAUUUCAUAUUCAACAGUAAUAUCAGUACUAUUAUGGACAGUGCAAAGACCAGCGAGAAUAACAUUAUAACCAAUAGUAUUAAUAGUAAUAAUAAUAAUUUGAAUGUGAAUAUUCAUAUUAACAAUACUCUACGUCUCCAGGAUACAUUACACAGUAGCAAGGGACUUACAGAAUCAAUGCAUCGAAUGUGUUCAUACCAUUUAACCACUGGUUUAUUAAGAAUAUGGGCUAGUCAGCGUUUUCUGCUUACAUUGCCAAUAUUAUUCUUCAAUUCAGCAAAAUUUCGACAUGUUAUUCAAUACUUUUUCAGGUAUUACUUUCAAACAUUGAAAAUUCAACAUUUGUUUAAAAUAAGUUUUAAGGCGCAAAAUUCAAAUUUUCAAAAUCCACCAUUAAAACUAUUGAUUUCUUCAAAUAGUAAUCAUGAUAAUCAUAGUAAUAGUAAUAAUAAUGAUAGUAAAAUGAAUGACACUAUAAACACUGACAAAGAUGAUAUUGACAUUCAGGGGAAUGAAAAUACCUAUGAACAUGAUACUGGCAUAGAGAUGAAAAGAAUUCCAAGACUGUAUUGUUGUUCAUGUAUUACACAACCGUUAAUUAUGAAUGAUGUGAGUGGGCGGUGAUACAGACGAAAAGUUGUAAAGAAAAUAUUCCUAGAAUAUUUUUAUUACAUUACGUUGUAUAUUCUGUGUGAAUCUGAAUGAGUAUAACUUGUGAAUAUAUAUAAAUAUAUUGUAUAUUUAUUUAUACAUAAAC